AUGAAUCUGAUCCAGCAAAAAAAAAAAAACUGUUCUAAACUUGGUAUCUAUGCCGAUGACACAAUAUCUAUCUAUCUAUCUAUCUAUCUAUCUAUCUAUCUAUCUAUCUAUCUAAGCCAGUUCAUUAUCUAUCAAUCUAUAUGUCUAUCCCGGCCUGUUCAUUAUCUAUCUAUCUAUCUAUCUAUCUAUCUUAAGACUUUUUUAUAUUUGACAAUCGUUUAUUUGUGCAUCACUCUCUUUCAAACUCUCCCCAACCUGUCUCUCCCUUUCACUUACUCUCCCCAAUCUGUCUCUCCCUUUCGCUUACUCUCCCAAUCUGUCUCUCCCUUUCACGUACUCUCCCCAAUCUGUCUCUCCCUUUCACUUACUCUCCCCAAUCUGUCUCUCCCUUUCACGUACUCUCCCCAAUCUGUCUCUCCCUUUCACUUACUCUCCCCAAUCUGUUUCUCCCUUUCACGUACUCUCCCCCAAUCUGUCUCUCCCUUUCACUUUCUCCCCAAUCUGUCUCUCCCAGUCUCUCCCCAAUCUUCUCUCCCUUUCACUUCCCCAAUCUGUCUCUCCCUUUCACAAUCUGUCUCUCCUUUCACAUACUCUCCCCAAUCUGGUGGAGGUGGCGAUGGUGACGUCAGUUUUUAUGGUGGGGGCGGCAUUAACGGUGGUGGAGAUGAUAAUGCUAAUAGUGACAGAGGCGAUGAUGACGGUAGCGGCGGAGAUGACGCAAAAUGA